UGGCAGUAUUUCUUGUCGAAUAUAAAUGAAAACAAAACUAAUUUACAAAUUAUUUCUUCCUACAGAUUAAUUGAAUAUUGGAAUAUUACAACAAUGGUGCUGUUGCUGAUUUUAUUAGGUCUAGUUGGUGCAUUAGUGUUUUAUUAUUAUGGAAUACGACCCAUGAGUUAUUGGAAAAAAAGAGGAGUGAAACAAACAACUCCAAAUUGGUGGUUUGGAGAUAUGCGAAAAACUACCUUCAGAGAAGAGAAUUUUGUUGAUUUUUUUCAGAGAAUUUAUAAUAUGGAACCAAAUUCUAGAUACUUCGGAUAUUAUCAAUUUAGUGUACCAACUUUACUGAUAAAGGAUCCAAAACUGAUAAAGCGAAUAACUCUUAAAGAAUUUGAUCACUUUACUGACCAUAUACAAUUUGUACCACCAGAGAGUGAUCCUUUAUGGGCUAGAAAUUUAUUAUCAUUACAAGGACAACAAUGGAAAGAAAUGAGACCAAUUAUCAGUCCUUCCUUUACAAGUAACAAAAUGAAAACAAUGUUUACUUUGAUGGAUGAUUGUGCUAAAAACUUUGUAAACUAUUUAUUGAACAAAAAUCAAGAUAUUGUCGAGGUAGAGAUGAAAAAUGUUGCCACUCGUUUCGCGAAUGAUGUCAUAGCAACAACAGCUUUUGGUGUACAAGUUGAUUCUCUAGAAGAGCCAAAUAACGAGUUUUACAAAAUGGGAGCACAAGUAACAGAUUUUUCUUCAUUAAGAAAAGCACUUCAAUUUACUCGUGCCACUGUCUUCCCAGGAUCAACUAAAAUCUCUAAAGUAUAUAUCUUUGAAAACCCAUCACGUCAAUUUUUCAUUGACCUUAUUGAAAAUAAUCUGAAACUUCGAGAAGAAAAGGGAAUUGUUCGUCAAGAUAUGUUACAUCUUUUACUAGAAGCUAAAAAUGGUCAGAAGAAAAAAGGAGGGCUAGAAAUCACGAAUGUUGACAUAAUUGCAGAAGCUUUAAUAUUCUUUUUUGCUGGUUUCGAAUCAGUAUCCACUCUGAUAACUUUUACGGCAUACGAAUUAGCUCUUCAUCCAGAAAUUCAAGAGAGAUUACGAAACGAAAUUAUCGAAGCUUCCCAAGAAUGUAACGGAAAGUGUAACUAUGACGCUAUCAUUCAAAUGAAAUACUUAGAUAUGGUUAUUUCAGAAAGUUUAAGAAAAUGGACAAACUUUCCAAAUACUAAUCGUGUUUGUACCAAAGACUUCGUCAUUGAACCAGAAUUACCAGGUGAAAAACGUGUAGUAAUUGAGAAGGGAACUCAUCUAGAAUUGCCAAUACUUGCAUUGCAUUAUGAUCCUAAAUACUUCUCAAAUCCUGAACGUUUCGACCCAGAAAGAUUCAGCGAUGAAAAUAAGGACAAAAUUGAUCCCUAUACGUUCUUUCCGUUUGGACUGGGCCCAAGGCUUUGUAUAGGUUCAAGGUUUGCAUUAAUGGAAGUUAAGGUCUUACUUGCUCAUCUGUUAUCAAGCUUCGAAAUAAUACCUAUUAAGAAAACGCAGAUCCCUAUGAAAUUAUCAAAAAAAAGUUUCAGUGUUGAUCCUGCAGAUGGAGUGUACUUAGGAUUCAAAAGGUUAAGGUUAUAAGUAGACUAUAAAAAUUUAUUAUAUUGUUGAAACAUUUGUUAAUAAAGUUCCAAUAAUUAAUGAUAAA